AUUUUCUCCUGUGCGAAAUGCCAGACGCAUAUUGCCGCCAACUCGGCAGUUGUGUCAAAGGCGUUCACGGGCCGGUUCGGUCGCGCGGUGCUUGUUCGUGACGUGCGGAACGUCGUUCUGGGAGCGCCGUGCGAACGCAUGCUGAUCUCUGGUCUUCACUCUUUGGCUGAUAUCUCUUGCUCGGGGUGUAGUGCUUAUCUUGGGUGGAAAUAUAUUGCGACGAACGAACAGAGUCAGAAAUACAAGGUUGGUUGUUUUAUCUUGGAG